AAGAAAGAAUGUUUUUAGCUGUCUCUCCCCAUAAUUGGAAAGCAAUAUUUGAACGGACUUCUCACUACGCACAGAGUUUCUAUGCAAAAGAAUGUUUCUCAGGCACUUUCAGCUCUAAAACCUGAUGGCAGAAAUUGCCGUGAAUCUUGUAACUGACAAGUUGAUUCCUUUACUGGAAAAUGAAGUUAAUCUGGCCAAUGAUGUGUGUAGCCAACUUGUGUUAGUGAAAGUUCAAUUACGACUAAUAAGAGCAUACCUUAAAGAUGCAGACUCAAAGGCAGAAAUAGUAAAAACCGGUAAUGUGGUGAAAGAGUGGGUGACUCAAAUGAGAGAAGUUUCUUUUUACAUUGAAGAUGUCAUUGAUGAAUAUUUAUACCUAGAGGAUAAUAUGCUUCAAGGCAGGGACUUGUGUGGUGUUGUUGGUAUGAUUGUAUGUAAAAUUUAUGACUUUCUUAGAAGUGUAAUUGCCCAUCAUGGGAUUUCAGCACAACUUGGUGAAAUUGAAAAAAGAUUAGAGGAACUCAACAAAGCAAAGGAAACUUAUGGAUUGAGUUCAUCAGCUUCAGAAUCAAGUAGUGACACUACACUACAUUAUCUUCGACAGGGUGCCCUUUUUGUUGAGGAUGAUCAACUUGUGGGGGUUGAACCCACCAAGCAAGUACUAACCAAUUGGUUAUUGGAGAAUGGUAGUCGCACUGUCAUCUCAGUGGUGGGCGAUGGAGGAUUUGGAAAAACAACCAUUGUGAACAAGGUAUUCAACGAGCAAAAGGAAAAACAUUUUGAUUGCUAUGCAUGGGUCACUGUGUCUCAAUCACUUGGGGGGAAAAAUCUCCUGAAGACUUUGAGAAGGAGAUUUUAUGAGGAGGCCAAUGAUAAAAAUGCAACUAAGGAAAUUAGUGACAUGGACAAUGAUACUCUGGUAAGAAAAUUACGGGAAUACUUACAUGAAAAGAGCUAUAUGAUUGUGUUUGAUGAUGUGUGGGAGGAGAGCUUUUGGGGAGAUGUAGAAUAUGCAUUACCAAGAGGCAAGGGUAAGAUAAUCAUCACCACAAGGCACAAGAAAGUUGCUGAGUUUUGUGGACGUUCUGGACCAAUUCAUGUCCAUGACAUGAAACCACUAAGUCCAGAUGAUGCUUGGAAGCUUUUUUGUAGUAAGGCAUGUCCCGAAGGUUGUCCUGAUGAUUUGAAAGGAUUGUCUUUGCAGUUUGUUAACAAGUGCAAUGGAUUGCCACUAGCAAUUGUGGCUAUUGCUGGUCUCCUCUCAACCAAAAACGUAAGUGUUUUAGAAUGGAAAAAGGUAUACGAUAGCCUACGUUCAAAACUUUCAAGUGAUCCCUAUCUUAGUAGUUUACACCAAGUUUUAUCUGAAAGUUACCAAGAUCUUAGUUACAACCUUAAAUCUUGCCUCUUAUACUUUGGCCUUUUCCCUGAGGACUAUUCAAUUAGUUGUGUGAGACUUGUUAAUUUGUGGAUAGCAGAGGGUUUUGUAGAAAACAAAGAGAAUGAAGGUCAAACACUAGAAGAAGUAGCAGAAGAAUACUUGAGUGAGCUUAUUGCAAGGAACUUGGUUAAAGUGGCUAAAAAAUAUUCGUAUGGUAGGGUUAGAAAUUGCCGGGUCCACGAUUUAAUGCAUAACUUUAUUCUCAAAAAGUGUGAGGAGCUAAAAUUUUGUCAAGUGAAGAAAAGUCAGGAGUUUAAGUUACAAGAAUGGACUCGGCGCUUAUCAAUUGACACAUACAUUGAUGAUGUUUCUUUGGAAAGAAGCGUUGCAAAUUAUAGACUAACAAGGUCUUGUUUUCAUUUUAACAUUACCCACGAUAUGCCAACUUCCAUCUUUGAAUCAUUGUUCUCUAGCUUUAAGUUGUUGGUUAGAUUAGACUGUGAAAAUACACCCCUCAGUUAUCUUCCUAAAGCAGUUGGUAACUUACUCCAUUUGAAAUAUUUGAACUUAAGGAAUACUAGUGUUGAGAUGAUUCCAAAAUUCAUUGGCAAGUUGAAGAACCUUGAGACUUUGGAUCUUAAAAAUACUUAUGUGCGUGAAUUGCCCUUAGAGAUCAAUAAACUUACUAAGUUGCGUCUUCUUUUGGUAUAUCACACUGAUUCACAUAUCUUAGGUGUGAAAUUAAAGGAAGGGAUUGGUCAUCUAAGGGCUUUACAGAAGUUACGCAUGGUUGAUGCAAGUGAUGAUGAAGAUAGCAUUAUAAGAGAACUGAAGAAUUUGAAGCAAAUGAGGCAUUUAGGCAUAUGUAUGCUAAAUAAAGAAAAUGAAGAAUUAUUAUGCAGUGCCAUAGAGAGCAUGACUAAUCUAUGCACAUUGGCAAUUAAGUUCAUGAGUAAAAUUGAUCAAGUUCUUCACUUGGAAUCAUUAAGAGAUCCUCCUCAACACCUCCAACGCAUUUACUUAUAUGGGCGUUUAGAAAAAUUGCCAAAUUGGAUUUCAAAGCUUAAAAAUCUAGCCAGAUUGCGGUUGUAUCAAUCAGGAUUAAUAGAAGAUCCAUUGCCUCUUCUUAAAGACUUGUCAACGUUGUUGGAGUUUGAUCUUUGGGAGUCCUAUGAAGGUAAUGAAUUGUACUUUCAAAAGGGAUGGUUUAUGAAUUUGAAAGUAUUGAAAGUUGGCUUGUCCACGUUGGUAACAUUUAAAAUAGAUGAAGGAGCAAUGCCUCACCUUCAAUUGUUGGAAUUAUCUAUACGCCCUCAAACAGUGCAAGUGCCAACUCACAUUCAGCAACUCAUCAAAUCAUGAUAUGGAGGAUUUUACCUAGUCUUUGUAGUGGCAAAAUGAUUUACAAUGGUUAUGAGGUUUGUGUAUAUGUAAAAGGACUUGUAAAUUUCAUUAUAGUACGUAUGUAACUUUUGUUUUUCAUGGCAACAAUUUGUAAUGAUAAAACCAGUGAGAUUAUUAGUAUUAAUACAAAGUGAGCUUAAUAU